AUGGCAGAAGGUGCUCCCGCUCCAGCCGCCGCCGCGCCGGCCAAAGCUCCCAAGAAGAAAAGCGCUGCCCGGCCUAAGAAAGCCGGUCCCAGCGUCGGCGAGCUCAUCGUCAAGGCUGUUUCUCAGUCUAAGGAGAGGAGCGGCGUGUCUCUCGCCGCCCUCAAGAAGGCUCUGGCUGCCGGCGGCUACGACGUGGACAAGAACAACUCCCGCGUCAAGAUCGCCGUCAAGACUCUCGUGACGAAGGGCACUCUGGUGCAGACCAAAGGCACCGGCGCCUCCGGCUCCUUCAAACUCAACAAGAAACAAGCCGAGCCCAAGAAGAAGCCGGCAAAGAAAGCGGCGCCCAAAGCCAAGAAGGCGGCCGCCAAAAAGCCCGCCGCUGCUAAGAAGCCCAAGAAGGUAGCGGCGAAGAAGCCCGCGGCCGCUAAGAAAUCGCCGAAGAAAGCCAAGAAGCCGGCGGCGGCCAAGAAAGUCGCCAAGUCUCCUAAGAAAGCCAAGAAGCCGGCAGCCCCGAAGAAGGCGGCCAAGAGCCCGAAGAAAGCGAAGGCGGUCAAACCCAAAGCAGCCAAGCCCAAGGCGGCGAAAAAGGCCGCCCCCAAAAAGAAGUAAACGCGCCGUUUUACCUUCGUGUCCUGUUUUCCCCACUCAAAAACGGCUCUUUUAAGAGCCAAACCCACAUUUUCCUCUCAAAGAGCUCAGUUUUCAUUCUUCCUGCACAAAGUCUUAAUUACUAAGUAAUUAUAUGACCAGAAAGCACAAAACUAAACAUUAUAGUUGAGCUGCCAUUUGAGGUUACAUGGAUGAGAAUGGGAGGGGGAAUUGGGAUAGGAAUUUAGUGGGAGAACAAGGACGCGUAUACGUUUCUUUGUCUCUCACUCACACACACACACAUGCGGCAGCACGAGGGGGGGGGGUG